AUGGAAUCGAUUGAGGCUUUUGUUAUAACUGGAGGAAGAGGAAAAGGUCAAGCUACAAACGUUCCGGAACGUGAAUUAAUUGACCAAAUUAAAAUAAGACCUUUACUAUAUGACAAAAAGAUUAAAGAUUACAGAAAGCCUGGUGCGUCAGAUGCCGCAUGGAAUGAGGUGGCUUCAGCUUUGCAUUCUUCAGUAUUAAACUGCAAAAAGCGAUGGAAAAGCCUUAGAGAUACAUUCAUCAAAUACUAUCGAGCAGAUGUUUUGUUCAACUUAGGCGAUUCGAGAGGGAAACAAAAAAAGUGGCACUUCUAUGAUGAUCUUAAAUUUCUUAAAAGUCAUGUAGAGCUCUUUAGGCUGGAAGGUAAUCCUAAAGAAAGAUCUGAACCUAAAGCUUACACAAAUGAAGAGAAACAUAUAUUUAUUGAAACGGAAGGAGAAAAUGAAGUUUAUGAAAUUAAGGAAAUAGAAGAAGUAUUUGAAGAUCAUCUCGUUACUGUGGAGGAGGAAAUUCAUGAAAAUACUGAUGAAGAACAUGAUAUAGCUCAAAAAUCAGAAUGGUACAGCGAAUAUCAACAAGAGGAAGAAGAAAGUGAGAACGAGAAUACGAUUGAGAGCCAAGAAAUUAUUGUUCAAAACGAAAAUUCUCCAAUAGAAUCAAUAGAAGAAAAAGACUUAUUACCUAUCAAUACUGAAAUCUCGCAAUCACCAUCUAAAAACAUUGUUGAUCCUGAUGAACGAUACCUGAUGAGUUGCUUGCCAGCUUUUAAACGUUUCAAUCCACAACAAAAAGCAUAUGUUCGCGUGAGAAUUGAAGAGCUUUUCUAUAAAGUAGAAUUUGAAAAUAUCACAGAACCAAAAACUAAAAGAACACGAUUAAAUUCACACAAUAUACCAAAAUAUGAAGGUCAGAGAUUUGACGACACUGACGCCAGAAAAAUAAUUUCAUACGAGCCAAUGUGGCGACUAAUACAAAUGGCAUUAGGGACAUCUGAAUUCCUUGACAUUUCUAUUACAGAAGAUAUCUAA